AUUUAGAAACUUCGAUGACCAUAGUGAAGUCAGAAUUGUUCUGUAUCUACACGACACCGGUGUGAAUUGCCAUACGCAUAUUAUUUAUCUCACCAUACAAUGUCGGCCGUAAUAAACGAAGUCGAAGAAGUAGAUCAAUUGGAUAGCGGCAUGGGUAGUAGCGAUGCACAUUCUCCUGAAGCAAAAUUGCAUCCUCCCGAUAACGAGAUUGACGAGGAUGAUGAGGAGGAUGAAAGCUUAGCAGAAAGGUUAUUGGGGCUCACAGAAAUGUUUCCAGGAGAAGUACGUAAUUUAGGAUAUAAUGUCGGUACUUGUUUGUGCACUUGUAUGAAAGGAUUAUAUGCAUUUUCAUGUUCAGCAGCGUGGUUACUCUUCAGCUCAUCAGCCAUUUUAUUUGCACCCAUAUUGUUUGAAAUAGAACGAGUGCAAAUGGAGGAAGUACAACGUAUUCAGCAAAAGCAGGUUUUAUUAGGACCUAGUAAAGCCAUGUCAAAUGUGAAUGCUUCGAGUCUUCCAAUGGCUCCACCAGUUCAGCAAUAAUAGCAAUGAUACCAUUGAUGUUAUAUUCAAAUCACUAUAAGUCUGUUAUUCCAUUCACUGUUUAUAUUUAUAUUAGUAUAACAAUUCCAAACUAUUCUGUAAUAAUAUCUCAUUGACACAGAUG